UCCUUAGAUUCAUAGGUGGAGUUCUAUUUGUUGAUAAAAGCAGCAGUAAAGUUUCCCUAAGGUACCUCCAAUUUUUACGGGACUUUGAACAGUGCAGCACAUAUGCAUGGGGACCUGCCGUGCUUGCUUAUUUAUACAGAGAGAUGUGUAGCGCCACCGAUUACAAAAUAAAAUCAAUCGGAGGUAUGUGCAUCUUAAUCCAAAUGUGGGCAUGGGAACGCUGCACGACUUUGGCUCCAAAGAGAACUCCUCCUAUAAUGGAAAACAAACCACUCGGACACAGGUGGCUGCGACGUGGAAACCAACAUAUUGGCAAUGAUGAUCUAAUAGUUUUCCGUCGCAAAUUAGAUAUGAUGAAACGACAUGAGUUUGUGUGGGAGCCUUACCCAGCAACUGUUAUGUCGAUGUUGCCUCCCAUUUGUUUGGUUGGCAGUGUGGCGUGGUGCGUAAUGGUGCCACUCAUUUGUUUCCAUGUUGUAGAGUGGCACUAA